AUGAUCGUUGCGGACUCCGAGUGCCGCGCGGAGCUCAAGGGCUACCUGCCAUUCGCUCGUGACGGCGACGGCGCUGGGGAAGGAGAGGAGCAGAGGGAAAGACGGUCUCAGGUAGGACCUCGAGGGCCCAGUGCCUUCAUCCCUGUGAAGGAGAUUCUUCGGGAGGGGCCUGAGAGCCUGGAGCAGCACCUGGGCCUGGAGGCGCUGGUGUCUUCAGGGCGGAUGGAUAACCUGGCAGUGGUGAUGGGCUUGCACCCUGACUACUUUAGCAGCUUCUGGCGCUUGCACUACCUCCUGCUGCACACGGAUGGACCUCUGGCCAGUUCCUGGCGCCACUACAUUGCCAUUAUGGCAGCAGCUCGUCAUCAGUGCUCCUACCUGGUGGGCUCUCAUAUGGCUGAGUUUCUGCAGACUGGGGGUAACCCCGAGUGGCUGCUGGGUCUCCACCGUGUCCCUGAGAAGCUGCGCAAGCUCAGCGAGAUCAACAAGUUACUGGCACAUCGACCAUGGCUUAUCACCAAGGAGCACAUCCAGGCUCUCCUGAAGACGGGGGAGCACAGCUGGUCCUUGGCUGAGCUUAUCCAGGCCCUGGUCCUGCUCACCCAUUGCCAUUCGCUGGCCUCCUUCGUGUUUGGCUGUGGCAUCCUUCCUGAAGUGGACCCAGAAGGCAGCCCUGCCCCCCAGGCACCUUCACCUCCCAGUGAGCAGAGCAGCCCUCCAAGUGGGGACCCACUGAACAACUCUGGGGGCUUUGAUGCUGCCCGAGAUGUGGAGGCUCUGAUGGAACGCAUGAGACAGCUUCAGGAGAGCCUGCUGCGGGACGAGGGGGCGUCCCAGGAGGAGAUGGAGAGCCGCUUUGAGCUGGAGAAGUCAGAGAGCCUGCUGGUGACUCCCUCGGCUGACAUCCUGGAGCCCUCUCCACGCCCAGACAUGCUGUGUUUUGUGGAAGACCCCACUUUUGGAUAUGAGGACUUUACCCGGCGAGGGACUCAGGCACCCCCUACAUUCCGCGCCCAGGAUUACACCUGGGAAGACCAUGGCUACUCGCUGAUUCAGCGCCUCUACCCCGAGGGUGGUCAGCUACUCGAUGAGAAGUUCCAGGCAGGUUUCAGUCUCACCUACAACACCAUGGCCAUGCACAGCGGUGUGGACACCUCGAUGCUCCGCAGAGCCAUUUGGAACUACAUCCACUGUGUCUUUGGCAUCAGAUAUGAUGACUAUGACUACAGGGAGGUGAACCAGCUUCUGGAGCGGAACCUCAAGGUCUAUAUCAAGACUGUAGCCUGCUACCCAGAGAAGACCACCCGAAGGAUGUAUAACCAGUUCUGGAGGCAUUUCCGCCACUCAGAGAAGGUCCACGUGAACCUGCUGCUCCUGGAGGCCCGGAUGCAAGCUGCCCUGCUGUAUGCCCUCCGUGCCAUCACUCGCUACAUGACCUGACUCCUG